UAAGGAUAUUCCUGGUUCAGUUGUACGUUCAAGUACUAUUCCGGAAGAAUUAGGUCGUAUUGGUUAUCUUCUAGCCGAUAAAACAGGAACAUUAACACAAAAUGUAAUGGUUUUUAAACGUCUAAAAGUUGGAGCAGUUUCGUAUACGAUUGAAAAUAAAACUAAAAUAUCAAAUUUAUUGGAAGAAGUGUAUAAAAAAUCUGAAAUCGUAGCCAAUGAAAGCCAAGAAUCACUUGUUACAUCAACCUCAACGAAACGUAGCAUUGGAAAAAACACAGAAACAAAGGAUGUUACCGAAGCUAUCAAAGCAUUAGCCUUAUGCCAUAAUGUCACACCUGUACUCAAUAAUUCAGCAGAAAAUAUGGACGAAUUUCUUUCAACAUCUGAUACACCUAGGACAAGUGUAACAUCAUUGAAUACAACAGCUGGAUCAGAUGUUUUAGACUUAUUACCAGUAAUAGCUAUUUCUUAUCAAGCAUCAAGUCCCGAUGAAAUCGCUAUUGUUGAUUGGACUGAACAAAUCGGUCUAACUCUUGUUCAUCGUUCGUUGAAAUCGAUGACAUUAAAACUCAAUUCUACGGAGCAACUAUUUGAUUAUGAAAUAUUACAAUUAUUUCCAUUUACACCUGAAACAAAACGAAUGGGAAUUAUUGUACGCGAUGAAAACACAAAUGAAAUCAUAUU